AUGGGGCUUGUAGAUCUUAUGCAGCACAUGUCCAUGGAGCGGCAGCCGGACCGCCUUCGUCGGCGAGCGGAGACCACUUAUGGGUUGGUUGCUUCACGGGAUAAUAAUGAGGUCUCACCCUGCCAGCAAGAAGCUGAUUCUCAAGGUGGUGAGGCACAGAUACCUAGGCUUCCAGAGGACAUCUGGUGUCAUAUACAUUCCCUGAUGCCAAUCACGAUCUGCUGCCCGAGCUGCCUAUGCCAUCCCAACCUCACUUUCAGUGUGAAGACGCUGAGGUCGAAUAAGAAGGAAUAUGAAAAUGAUGAUAUCGCCAGAGAUUUCUGUAGCAAAGUUGACCAGAUUCUGAAAAGGCAUUCAGGCGUUGGUGUCAAGAAACUCAAUAUUCAGAUGCUUGGAGGUUACAAUGGUUAUGUCGACAGUUGGCUCCAGAUUGCUGUUAGAUCAGGAAUCGAAGAACUUUCACUUUCAAUGCCAAGGAGAGCAAAAUACAAUGUCCCAUGCUCACUCUUUUCUAAUGGGAGUGGAGACUCAAUCCAAUACCUAUACCUUACUGGUUGCUCCUUCCGUCCCAAAACUGAACUUGGUUGUUUAAGAAGCCUGACAAAACUGCAUCUUUAUUAUGUCAGUUUUACUGGGGAUGAGUUAGGGUGCCUUCUCUCCAAUUCUUUUUGCCUUGGAGGGCUUGGGAAUCAGGUAUCCCAAUUGAAAAUGGAACACGUCUCCAUAUUUGCCGAUCCCUCGGAUCUGAGGAAGAUGCAAGGACAGCAGCACCACAAGAUGAAGACAGUGGAGAUCAUAGGAUUCACAUCAGCAAAGAGUCUUGUUGAGCUAACAUGCCAUAUUGUUGAGAGCGUGACAUCACUUGAAUGCCUUACAUUGAGGACCCAUCAGAGUUCUUCUAGGUGCUCCGAGUCUGCUAAUGCUAAUAAAAGUAACAAGUGCUCCCCAUUGCCCGUUCAUGUUCUCAUGGAAGCUCAACGAGCGCUCUUGGCCAUCAGGACGUACAUUGAGCCUAAAGUUCCCUCUAUGGUAAAGCUAAGUGUUGUUGAGACUUGCCGACGAUGCCAUGCUGUUGAACUUUAG